AUGAUGCAAGUGAACCCAACGAACGGAACGGGCCAAACGAAUAAUGCCUGUUGGGGGAUGCGGGAGAACGUCAGGACAAGCGCGAAUGAUGCCCCACUGAUGGAACGACGCAGCGAGGACAUGCCUACCUCCAUUCACAGAUACGAGAGAGUAUACAUGAGCUACCUGCACUUACACUUCUGCGUCAUCGACUUUAAAGAUACCAUGUUCAUUUCGGUGACGGACGAACGUAACGAGUUGACAGACCUGCAGGUAUCCUACCCGCUGAAAUAUGUGGAUGCUGAUAACACGGCGUGUCUGGUCGGGGAGCCCCACUCGCACGGAAACGACGUGGCGCGGCUGCUAGGCAUGAAGUUUAGGAUCCCCUUCUACGUGAGCGUCAACGUGGACGAAGGAGACGAGGGACUGACCAAUUUUAUCUUCUCCACCUGCCUGGAGAUACUAAAGCCGCUAUUCAGUGACAAGAGAGGAGACUCCACAGAGGGAUGA